AUGUCGGAAGGGCUGAACAAAAAUAUUUUCAAAUUUGGCGUCAAUGGGCCGCAGACAACCAUCACCAGUUGGACCGGCUUUUUAAGAUAUGAUUUAAUUUUGAAAGCUGAAGAAGCGAAUGUUCGAGAAGAAGAAUGUUCUAUAUGUCUAGAAGCGCUGGUUAGUUCGGGAAAGACUGCUGUGUAUCUGAAGCACUGCUUGCACAGUUUCCAUCUCUCUUGCCUGAAAAUUGUGUAUGAAAUUAAUGAUAAAAUCCUUAAAUGUCCAUUGUGCAGGUUUUUUUAUAAACUUCCAGGAAUGCAUAGGACGGAAUAUCUAAAUAGUCAUUGGCGCCAAUUUGGGACUCUUUACGUUUAUAUCUAUGAAGAAAGCGUGAGAUUAGAAUCUAUAAUGUUUGCUAUCUUUUUGAACAUCAUAAAUAUGGACCGCAACGAGGCGACUAUGGAAAUUGUCAGGAGAGUAAUAAAGGCAUGGAAAAUAGGAAAAUUAAAUUCAAAGAAUUAUUUCGACGUCCUGAUGAAAUGUGACCUUCAGUCGAUUAAAGCCAAGCUAGAUGAAUGGAACAUACAUUCAAAUGACUUUGUGGAUGAGCUUGUUGAUGACAAUGACAUGUACGAUGAUGGAGUCGAUCGAGACAAAAAUUCUCUAUUUGGUCAUCAGAGUCUGUUGGAGUGGGCACGCAGUGGUCCCGGUGUACCUAGGCUGGAAAGAGUUCAUAGGGAUGGCACUCAUCCUCCUCUAGUUAAGAAUUUAUGGAUCAACAACUUAAGGAGUAAAAUUAGUAAACAUGAACCGUCUAUGUUAGUAACUCAUGUGACCCUACCGCAUGGUUACGAGGAACUGCUGAAUAAGUGUAACCGAUGA